AUGCAUCACUCUCGUCACCCAAUUGACAUUUCACUUGUUGUUGAUGAUGACAACGAUGAGGAUAUGUCUAAUCAUCAUUAUAUUCCGUCUAAUACUGGCGAUUACUCAUCAUUAAUUGUUGACUCACCACCAGAUACAAUGUGUCAUCGACAAGUUUACUCAGAUCGUUCACCAUCACCAACAUCUUCAAAUAUUCAAGCAUCUCAGACACCAGCAUCUCUUCGUCCUGCUCGUAGACGUUAUUCACAGAGUACCUCACUUCUUGAUUCAACUGGAUCCGGUAAUAAUUCUCAUCGUGAUCGUUUACGUUUUAAUACAUGGCCACGUCAUCGAAGAGAGAAACGUGAUAUACUUGCUGAAUAUGAUAAACGUUUAGCUAAAUCAGUUAUACAAGAACUUGGAAUUGGUAUAAAUAAAACUUAUCGUAAUCCAUGGGGUAAUCUAUCUUAUGCUCAAUUGAUUACACGUGCUAUUGAUAGUAGUCCAUGGAAACGCUUAACAUUAAAUGAAGUAUAUGAAUGGAUUAUUAAAUUUGUACCAUAUUUUAAAGAUAAAAUCGAUGCAAAAACAAGCUGGGGAUGGAAGAAUUCAAUUCGACAUAAUUUAUCUUUGCACAAUCAAUUUAUACGUGUGCCUGUUAUAUCAUCAUUAUCCAAAGGUCCAGUUAAAUAUGUUUGGACAAUAAAUCCAUCAUUUAAAAAUAAUUCACCAUAUAAAAAAUAUAGUUUAAAACGAAAACGAGCGGCUGCUGCAGCAGCUGCUGCAGCUGCGGCUGUUUCAAAUCUUAAUUCAUCAUCAGCAUUAACACAAAAUUCCGAACAGAAUCUAGAAUCAAAUUCAUCGACAUUAUCAAAUAACUAUCAUCGUCAUUCAACAACUUCUGUGACAAAAACUGCUACACGUGUUAAUGAACAUUCGCAUGGAAAUGGUUCAUCAUCAACACUUAAUCAAUUGUCCGUUGCUGCAGCAAUGAUGUCAGCUGGUGUAACUGAUCCAGCAGCAUAUCGAGCAUUUUUAAAUUCUCAAGCAGCAACAGCAGCAAUGAUUAAACAACAUAAACAACAAACGAUGUCGUCACAAUCGUCGAAUCAACAAUCGAUACCUGUACCACAUCGGCAUACUUCAGCAGCAUAUACGAAUGACCCAGGUCUUCCAAUUCCAAAAAAAGUUGCACUUAGUACAGAUAGAUAUAAACAACAACAACAACAACAACAACAGCAGCAGCAGCAGCAACAGCAACAACAACAGCAACAGCAGCAACAACAACAUGCUGAAUGGCUUUUAUCAUCAUAUAGACAACAAUCACAAUCAUACAAUGGUAAUCGACAUCAUCAUUCAUCAAAUCCAAAUAAAAUGAUGGUUAAUCAACAACGUUCCACAUAUUUACCACCAGCACCUCCAUCAUUAAAUCCACGUGUUAAUUCAGAUAUAAACAAUCUAUCACCAUCCUUACAAAGACGUGGUAGCUCACCACCAACAUAUCCUUCAGCAGCUGCAGCCGUAGCUCAAAAUAAAUUAUUAGCUCAAACGAAAUUUUGGCAUGCUGCUGUACAAGCUGCAGCUCAAGCUCAUCAACAACAACAACAACAACAACAACAACAACAACAACAACAACAACAGCAACAACAACAGCAGCAGCAACAGCAACAGCAACAACAACAACAACAGCAGCAACAACAUCAGCAGCAGCAACAACAGCAACAGUACCAUCAUCAACAGCAAACUACAAAUAAUGCUAUAAAUGAACUUCAGAAUUAUAUUAGUCGAUCCAAUUCAAAUAAUGGCAAUCAUAAUAAAAUGCCAGCCUAUCUUAAUCCAGAAACACUUAAACUUUUAUCAACAAAUAAUUCUCAUGAUGACCAACACCAUUAUGCAAAUGAUCCUCGUUAUAAAUUAAUGCGUGCUUCUUAUCCAAAUGCUUCAAAUGGUUCUAUACCACCAGCAUGUCUUAUAAGACAAAGAAUGAAUCAAAAUAAUGGUUCAUCAGCACUUAAUCCACAGCAACAACAGCAACAAAUUGAUAUACUUACUGCAGCAUAUCAUAAUUAUAGAAGGCGUUCAAGUGGAUUUUCAUCAACAACAAGUCAUGGUGGACCGAGUGAUGAUGAACAUGAUGAAUACAUACCACCCAGAAAAGAUUCGGUAAGCUUG